AUGAAGCAUACCUACGUCAGAACAGGGCUCGAGGUCGUCAGUGGUCUUAAAUUCACACGACUUUGUUCUCUCUUGUACACGGCCACUGACGAUGGUGCGCAGCCAGGAAAUAAAUGGGAAAUGGUGCAGAGGACCACCCGAUCCACGGCUCUGAGCGCCUUUGAACGCUCCCCGGCACCAAUCCCGGUCGACGCAGUCGAAAUCUGUGCUGUGGUACGGAGAAGCAGCAAGAGAUUCAUUGUUGUCGUUGCACAGUACCGUCCACCAGUGGAUUCAGUUUGCCUGGAGUUUCCAGCCGGUUUGGUAGAUGAUAACGAAAACGCUGGUCAAGCUGCCAUUCGUGAGAUGCACGAGGAAACCGGCUUUGUUGUGGAUGAAACUGACAUCGUGUCUAUUUCACCGCCACUUUCCACGGAGCCCGGUCUCACUGACUCAUGCUGCGUUUUGGUGCGUCUCGACGUUGACGGCGAGCGUGCAGAAAAUCAGAAACCAAAACAGCACCUGGAUGAUGGGGAAGACAUUGAGGUUCUCUUGAUUCCUAUUUCUCAGCCCAAGAACGCGUUGAAUGCACUUUCGGAUGUGGUCAAACGAUACGCGGAAAAGGGCCAGCGCGCAAUCGUAGACGCAAAACUAUACACAUUCAUGGAAGCUCUGGCGUGGGGCGUAUAA